AUCACCUGGUGGGUGAUAGAGCUCCGCUCCGCGCUCCGACUGAGACGGAAACUGACUUCGACCCUUCGACCCCAACUUCGGGGAGUGAUUUGGGCUUGAGCGGGGGACGAGCAAAAUGCGCGCUAUAGCUGGCGCUGGCUGGCGCUGGCUGGCGCUGGCUGGCGCUGGCUGGCGCGGGCGUGACACCCGAGGCAAGCGCCUCUCCCGGGGGCCGGCGGGGCCGCGGGUUCGUGACUCGCUAAAGCCCCCGGUGUCGCCCGCCGGUCACGUCACGGCUCCCCGCGCGGCUCAACGAGUCCAUCACCUCGUGUAAUACUGCGACGCGCUGCAAAAGGGAACAAACUCAACACGAUCUUGUUUACACAAGCAGCAUCGCAUCGCGGGCAGAACGCCAGAGGACGUCGCCGUGGUAAAUCACGUUUCAAUGGUUCUUACUCACUGCGCAACACAGGCACGGCCGGCGGCCGGCUCGUCCUCGUGUCCUUCGUGCACCAGCGGUGCGUGGUGCUGCAGGACCACCAGGACGCCGUCACCGUCAUACAGACGCACCCGGAGAGGUAAGGGACGCCGAGGCCCGCCACGCUCGCGCGCACGAUGGGUUGCCCACCUCCUCGGCGCGCAGGCCCGCGCUGCUCCUGGGACGCGCCAACGGCUCCGUGUCGCUCAUCGACUACGUCAAGAAGGAGGUCAUGAUCACGUUCACGUUCGACCGCAAGCCGGGGGCCGACCCCGUCUCCGUCACGUCGCUGAGCUUCUCGCCGAACGGUGAGGCCCGACGACGGCAAGGGUCGCAAACUCAUCGGGCGUCUACGAGUAAAAUAGCGCCACGCGGUGUGAGCAGGGACGGUGCUGGCGUGCGGCUGCGCCAACGGCACCCUGCACCUGCUGCACCCCGCCGCCCUGCACCCCGUCACGACGCACCCCUUCCACAAGACCCGCGCCGCGAUCCACCACCUCUGCUUCUCCCCGGACAACAUGUUCCUGGCGCACUCCGUGAGUGGGGCGCGGUCGCUACCCCGCGUCCGCGUCGCUCCAGCAAUACCCCGCGGAGGCUCCGGGCGCGGGGUAUCGCUGGCAGGGUACAGUCGGCGCCAAAACGUGUCCUCUGCUGUAGGACGCCGCCAACUUCGUCUCAGCGUACCGCUGGCUCACCGGGCACCGCUGGGCGUACCUGGGUAAGAAGCAGCUGCACGCCCAGCCCGUGCGCGGCCUCCUGUUCGGGUCGCAGCCCUAUGACGCGCCUCUCUUCUCCUUCGGCGAGGACCACGUCCUGGUCGAGUACGACGUCGCGCACAGCCUCAACAGCACCCUGCUGGUGACGAGGCUGGACCGCAUCGAGCGGUCGGGGGUGCCGUCCAGCGUCACCUGGUGCCCUGGGGACGGCGAGGGUGCCGAGCCCGUCCUCCUCAUCGCUACGUCUGAGUUCAAGUACCGCCUGGUCGACUUGAAAACGCGGAAGGUGUGCGGCACAGCGCAGGGCCCGCGGCUGCACACGACCGUCAGCACCAUCCAGGUAUGAGUAGGUUGCCCAGCCGCCUCGUCCAGAACUUCUGGGAUGUGUACGACGCGCUGCUCCUCCCAGACCAUCGGCGGCCCCGCGGCCACGGCCCCCGCCACGGCCGUGUACGCCACGCAGCGCCGCCUGGGCCUCCAGUGCCUGCCGCCCGACGGCAACCCCUUCAAGAACGUCGCCAUGAUCGUGCACCCCGUGAAGAUAAUGUCCUUCGUCAUCUCGCCGUGCGAGGAGUUCGUGUUCACGUGCGGCGCGCAGGACCAAAGUGUGCUCAUGUGGCGCAUAAACCAAGAGGCCGUGGGCACGCUCCUCGAGGACGGGCUGCAGGGCGGCGAGCAGGGCGCGCUGGAGCCGUGGCUGCUGUCGGUGGAGGGCGGCCGCGAGGGCUGGCUGGUGCAGACCAUGAGGGACAUGUUCUGCUACGCGCAGAUGCUGCACCAGGGCACCCUCAGCACCGAGCCGCGCUUCAUCACGGACAUGCUGCCCGUCUGCGAGCUGCCCGACGUCAUGCGGGCCCUGGGCUUCUUCCCGUCCCAGUCACAGGCACGGUGCCCCGCAAGUACAUAAAAAU